CAUUACUUGAUACAUGAUUAUUUUGGCUGUAGAAAGCGCAAGCGAGGCUUUCGUUUUCUUUACUUUUAGUGAUCAAGAAACAAAAUAUUGAACAAUGAGUGAUAAAAAAGUAAAACCGAACCUGUUGAAAGCCGAACUCCGCCUGGAUGUGGAUGCGCGACUCGCGGCGAUGACGGAUGAGGACCGGGAUCGGCAGUCGGAAAUCAUUUUGAGCAAAAUAUUCGCACACCCAAAAUACAAAUCAGCAAAAAGAAUAUCCCUAUUCCUGAGUCUGCCGACCGAAGUCCCAACCGAACCGAUCCUCAACGACAUUCUGGCGCGAGGAGAUGCAGCAUUUGUGCCGCAGUACUCACGGGGACAGAUGAGAAUGUUGAGGGUUCUGCCAGGGGAUUUGGAGCUCAUGGUUGAGACUAGUUGGAAGAUUAAGCAGCAUAGGAAGGAUGCGGAUAGAGAGGAUGCUAUGGAGAACGGAUUAGACCUAGUAAUAGCCCCCGGGGCCGCAUUCACGCGCGACGGCUGGCGCUGCGGGCACGGCGGCGGUUACUACGACCGGUACCUCACCGCGCUGCGCGAGCGACACGCAGACCGCGACCUCUACGUGCUAGCCGUGGGGUUUGACCAGCAGAUAUACCCUGAGAUACCUGUUGAUAUCAGUGAUGUGAAAGUUGAUGAGGUUUUGACGGCUGAAUAAAUUGAAUUUUGAUU